GUACACAUUUUCACGACGCAUUUUGAUCGGCCUGAUUUUCUCCUGCAUCGGUGACUGUUUACUCGUUUGGCGUGAAUUUUUCCUUCACGGAAUGGUAGCGUUCGGUAUCGGUCACAUGUUUUUCAUUUCAGCUUUCGGAUUCAAACCGCUCAACAUCCCGCUAAGCAUUCCGAUGUACAUCGCAUCAAUGCUCAGUCUGUCUAUGUGGCUGCCGCAACAAGCACUGAUUUACAAAAUGACUGUCCCUAUUUACACGGCACUGCUCGUGACAAUGGCUUGGAGGGCCACAGCCCGUGUCCACUUCUUUGAGGAGCUGUGGACUUGGACGAAACUUUGCUCUUGCGUCGGUGGUUUAUUCUUCGUCAUUUCGGACGCAAUCAUCGGUUUACAUAUGUAUUAUUCGCCCAUUCCAUGUCCUUGUCGGACGUGUUCAUAAUCAGAUCACGGUGAGAUGAUUAUAACGUUCAAAGUAGACUUGAAAUAUGCCGAGGUGUUGAAAUGAAAAUUCUGCAGACAAAAGAAAGAAUGAGAAAUUGCUUCCCAAUGACUUGUGGCACCACACCUCAAGAGGAAACCGACAGACGAGCUGAUUUCUAACAAAGCCAAAAGUGAAAUUAGCACAAUUUUUAUUUUUGGAUGAUUUGGGUUUGAUAGAAAUUGAAGUUAGAACCGCCAGUACUAGCGGUUACACAGUAUGUGCCCACUUAUGAAAAGGAAUGGAAU